AUGUUACAGGGUGUGUUGGUUGAUUUCGAUAAAGAAGGAAAAAGAAGACAGUCAUUUUCUUUUGAUGAGAGAAAUGAAAGCAAGAGACUCAAGCAAGCAGCUGCUUUAUCAUUAAUGAUUAAUCCAGAUGAUAAGUUUACUUCCUUUCCAGAUGAUGUGAAUAUCUUUGGUAGUGAGGAUUUUGGAUCCAAUUUCAUAAUUCGUGAAUGUUAUAUGGAUUUGUGGAAAUUGAUCACUGAAGAUAAAAAGUAUAAUGGUUGGAUUGUCACUGGAAAUCCUGGCAUUGGAAAAUCAAUGUUUGGCCUUUUUCUUUUGAUACAUUUGACUAAACAGGGGAAAACUGUGAAAUAUGAACAUUUCUUAAAGAAGCAUCAACAUAAAUUUCAACCUAACGGUUGUAUUUUCAAAGGAGAAUUUGAAAAAGAAUUACUGGAUGAUAAAACUUGCUCUCCAGAUGAUGAUGCCAUGAAACAAUUUCGAAAACAGUCUACAACUGCAAGAAAAUUAAUAAUGCCCUCAUGGACAAAGGAAGAGAUAAUAGAUAGCCAUAAAAAAAUUUAUAGUCAUAUUUCUGAAAUAAGGUAUGUAUUUGACCCAGAAAAGUGGACAGAAGAUCAAUUACUUCUAGAAAUAAAUCAAUUAUCAAGUGAGAUACAUGCUAAUAUUGUCAAUGAUGGAAAGUUUAGUUGUGAGACAAGACAUAAAAUAUAUCACAUUUACACAAAACCACCAAAAUAUAAUGAUAUAUACAUGGAAUUUGUCUCACCCUAUGCAUGCAAGAAAGUUGCAGAAUUGUAUGAACAACAGCAUAAAUCAGAACUGCUUGCUUUUUUGAAAGCAAGUGACUAUGGAGUAUGGGGAAGUGUACAUGGAAAUUUAUUUGAAAAUUAUGCUCACAGAGUAAUAUCAAGGAGAGUGACUUUUAAUGUACAUGAACUUGGUCAAUCUGCUACAGAAUCUAAAGAAAUUAAUGUAGAAUUUCCUAAAUACAAAUUAAAGGAAUACAAAGACAUUAGUGAAAUUGAAAAUAAUUCAUAUUGUAUACCUCAUUCCAAAACAAAUGAAGGAUUUGAUUCAUUGGUUCCUCCAAAUAAAUUUUUUCAAAUGACUGUGAGCCAUGCUCAUCCAAUAAAUUGA